AUGUACGAUCAAGGAUUGAACGCUCACUUUACAACGUCUAAGUCGAAGAAUUCAUAUGAAGACGCCAAGCCAACCAGUCGCCCUCGUGCUGUUCCCGAUGUCACGCGCACGCUGUUGGACGAAUUCGAUCUUCUAGCGAGCUUCCUAGAACGUCAUGAUUUUCGCCAUGACCGUGGAUAUUUCCGCAUCCGCUGGCUAGGAAGAUAA